AUGGUGUCUGAAACCACUGCGGAGGCUUUACCUGGCACAGAAGCGCAGCAGGGGUUCCCUGCCCACGAGUGUUGUGCUGGAGAAGAAUUGAGAGGUCUGCAGGGUUUCCCUGGAAAAGCAGGACCUCCAGAAAUAAAAGAUGAUUUGGGAUCACAAGGAGAGAAAGGAGAAAAAGGAGAACGUGGAAUUCUAGUAGCCAAUGACCUGCACAGACAAGUAACUGCUUUGGAAAGAAAAGUACAGGUUUUGGAGGCUGAACUAAAUAGAUACAAAAAAGCUUUGAUUUUAAAGAACAUCAAGAGUAUUGGUAAAAAAAUAUUUGUCUCAACUGAAAAGGAAGAUACUUUUGACAAUGGAAAAUUCUUUUGUGCAAAAGCUGGAAGUGCAUUUGCCUCUCCUAGGAAGGAGGCUGAGAAUACAACUUUAAAAGACUUAAUAACACCUUCGAAGCAGGCUUAUAUGGGGAUAUCUGCUGAACAGACUAAAAGCACAUUCAUGUACCUGAAUGAAGAGGCUGUAACUUACAGAAACUGGAAUGCUGGAGAACCAAAUAAUCUAAAAAAUGAAGACUGUGCAGUAAUGCAAGACUCUGGAAAAUGGAAUGAAGUUGAUUGUUGAAAUUCAUGUGCCUUAAUUAUUUGUGAAUUCUUGAGCUGAUGAAUCUAAGAAAACCCAAAGCUUUUGCUCUCAAUUAUGUAUGUGGUUGAUAUAGAAGUUUGUUCCCAUAAAGGUGGCCUGAGAUAACCAGAACCAGAGUGUAUUUAUAAUUGUUUUCUCUUUCACUUUCAGUUUUGAAUCUCCUAAUAAAAUACAGAUUUAAUUUUUUCAA